AUGGUAGUGAUCGUUGCGAAUAAAAGUGGCUCAACGUUCUCCAUUGAUGCGGAUACCAAGGAAACAGUGUCAGGUGUCAAAAGGAAGAUCGAGAUGUCUCAAGGCAUCCCUAUCGUCAAAAAAUCUCGCCUCCACCUCUUCGUCCCUCACAACGAUCAAGUUCUUCAUCAAACAGAGCAGUCUCCGGUACCGUCAAAGUCGAGUACAGAGAUCAGUAACAUCGAAGAUUCGACUUUGAUAGCGAGAAGCGACAACGACGGAGAUCAAGUGCUUAAUCAAACCGUGGAACCUCCACUAACGUCAGACGAAAUGGAUGAAAUACUUAGCUGGCCAUUAUUAACAGCCGAAGAUUGCAGAAACGUUCAAGAAACUUGGAGGAGAAGCAGCAACAAUCAAGAUUUGCUUCAAAGGGAGACAUCUCCUCCGUCAAACUUAAACGGAGAAUUCGCGUAUGGUGAUGAUAGGCCGUUGUCAGCCGAAGAAAUCAGAAUAUUGCAAGAAGACGUUAACGUACAAGAUUUGCUUCAGGGGGAGCCAUCUCCUCCGUCAAACUUAGUCAGAGAUCACUUCAUGUACGGUGAUGAUAGGCCUUUGUUAGCCCAAGAAAUCAGAAUAUUGCAAGGAAACGUUAACGUUCAAGAUUCGUCGAGGAGUAAGACCUACUAUCAAGAUUUGCUUCUAUGGGAGUCAUCUCCUCCGUCAAACUCAACAGAAGAAAGGAUCAACACUCGAGAUGAGACUGUAAAUGUUGGGAGCAGCAAUCCACCUGUGAAGAUGAUCAGGAGAGCCCCAAAAUACCCGCGGAAGAUGAGAGUAAUGAUAUUGCCGUGUUCCCAUGAGAGUAAAGCUGUGGAGAAAUUUCCGGUGUAUGUGAACGCGUUUGAAAACGUUGAAGAGCUGAGGAAAGAUCUGGAGGAGCUUCAGGAGAGGUCUGAGUUAAAUCUGCCUGAAAAAGGUUAUUUCUUUAUACUCAAACAGAGAGUGUUGGAGGAAGAUCAGUCAUUCUGGGGGAACAAUGUUGUUCCCGGCGAUACAAUCGAAAUCUUUUCCGGCUCUAAAGACGGAAGAGUUCGCCAACCGGGUCAUUAA